UUAAGAAACAAGCAACAACCACGUUUCAUUUUCCAACCCAAAAACCACAAGCUGUAAAGCACACCGCACUCUCUGGUUCCUCAAUCCUCAAUGGUCAAUCAAAAUACCCUUGAUCUAAACAAAUACUAAUAUAUAUACAAAUAAUACUAUGCUACUAUGUGAUUUUCAAAAUAAAAAACAACAUUAAACAACAUCACCUUCUUCUGUCUCAACUUUAACUCUGUCAUGGCAAAAACACCCUUGCAUCUUCUCUGCAUAUUGAUCCUUCUAGCCUCAAACUCAAUACAAUCUCAUUCUCUACAAGAUGAGUUUUUCUUUUCUGGAUUCAAUGAAGCUGCUACCAACAUAACCUUAAACGGAGGUGCAGUAAUUGAACACAAAGGAACAAUUCGUUUAACAAACGACACUGAAAGAGUACUUGGUCAUGCUUUUUACUCAAACCCAAUCCAAUUCAAAAACAAAAACAAUACCAAAGUUUUCUCUUUUUCAACUUCUUUUGCUUUUGCAAUUAUCCCUCAAUAUCCAAAACUAGGAGGCCAUGGAUUUGCCUUCACAAUUUCUCCUUCCAACAAACUCUCAAAUGGUUAUCCAAGUCAAUACCUAGGCCUUCUCAAUCCACAUGAUUUAGGCAACUUUUCAAAUCACCUAUUCGCAGUCGAAUUCGACACAGUUCAAGACUUUGAAUUCAAUGACAUCAAUGACAAUCAUGUUGGUAUCAACCUUAACAACAUGGUAUCAAACAAAUCAGUAAAAGCAUGUUUUUUUACUGAUGGGUCAGUUCAAGACCUCAAUUUGAAGAGUGGUAGUGUGAUUCAAGCAUGGAUCGAUUACAAUUCUUCGACGAAUCAUCUUGAAGUUAGACUUUCACCAACUUCAUCAAAACCAAGUUCACCAAUCUUAUCAUACAAAUUAGAUCUAACACCAAUUCUUCAAGAAACUAUGUAUAUUGGGUUUUCUUCUUCAACAGGGUUACUCUCUAGCUCACACUAUAUACUUGGUUGGAGCUUCAAAAUCAAUGGAGAAUCAAAAACACUGUCUUUGAAACAUCUUCCUUCACUCUCUUCACAUACCAAUCACAGUAAAAAGUCCUUAAUCUUAGGUCUAUCUGUUUCAUUUCUGAUUCUAUUAGUUUUAGCAGUAAGUUUAGCUUUUUACAUUAAGAUGAAAAACUGCGAUGUUAUAGAAGCUUGGGAACUCGAAGUAGGUCCACAUAGAUUCUCUUACAAAGAACUGAAGCAAGCAACAAAAGGGUUCAAGGAAAAAAACCUUCUUGGAUUUGGAGGUUUUGGUAAAGUUUACAAAGGAGUGUUAGUGUCACCAAAUUCGAAAACCGAAAUCGCUGUCAAACAAAUCUCUCAUGAAUCAAAACAAGGGGUGCAAGAGUUCAUAUCAGAAAUAGAAACAAUAGGAAAACUUCGUCAUAGGAACUUAGUACAGUUACUAGGUUGGUGUCGGAAGAAAAACGAUCUUAUAUUAGUGUAUGAUUAUAUGGAAAAUGGAAGUUUAGAUAAAUACAUAUUUGAAAAACCAAGAAGAAUAUUGAAAUGGGAAGAAAGGUUUAGGAUCAUAAAAGGUGUAGCUUGUGGGUUAGUUUAUCUUCAUGAAGAAUGGGAACAAACGGUUAUACAUAGAGAUGUUAAAGCUGGGAAUGUUCUUUUGGAUUCUGAUAUGAAUGCAAAGUUAGGUGAUUUUGGUUUGGCUAAGCUUUAUGAUCAUGGUGAGAAUCCAAGUACAACAAGGGUGGUUGGAACUAUGGGAUAUUUAGCACCAGAGUUAACAAGAACAGGUAAACCAACGACGAGUUCUGAUGUUUUUGCGUUUGGGGCGUUGUUGUUGGAGGUUGUUUGUGGAAGGAGGCCUAUUGAGGGGAAAGCGUUGCCGGAGGAGCUUGUUUUGGUGGAUUGGGUUUGGGAUAAGUGGAGAGUAGGGGAAGUUAUGGAGGUUGUGGAUAAAAAGUUAGGUGGUGUUUAUGAUGAGGUGGAGGUUUUGUUGGUGGUUAAGGUAGGUUUGUUGUGUUCUGAUGAGUUGCCACAGAGGAGGCCGACGAUGAGGCAGGUGGUUAGGUAUUUGGAAGGGGAGGUGAAGUUGCCAGAGAUUGAUGGGUUUGCGGGGAAAAAGGAGGGGUAUUCGUAUCGGAGGGAGUUUUUUGAAAGGGAUAAUACUUGGUCGUCGGCCGGUGAUGACGUGGAGAGUGCGUUUGCAUCAUCUCUUCAACUUUCCGGUGGCCGGUAGGGUGCAACAAAGGCAAAACAUGAAUGAAUGAUUAAAAUUACUACAACACGAUCAAGAUGAGAGAAAAAAUUGAAGAUCCAAAUCCGUAUCAGUAAAUUUCACUUGUCAUAUUUUACUAUUUUGUUUUUGUUUCUCUGUACAGUUGUAUUUUUAAGUUUAAACAUAUUUAGUGCUUUUCA